UGUUUAAACCAACACUGAGCAGUAAAAGCUCUAUGGUGUAACAGAAGAUUUACAUCACUCUAUGUGAGCUCCUGUCAGUAAAGGAGACAGCGCUCACCAUGGGGGAAUGCUUACACACCUCGGCUGACGGCUUGUCGAAAUUGGUCAAAUGGGCGCACAGUCACGGAACCAUCUGCACUUUGAUCCCAAGCCUAAAGCACAUGCUUACGGAGGGCGCUCACGGACAGCUCACUGCGCUAUGGGGCUGCGGUGCUGGACAUGCUUACCACUGGCCAGUAACGGCCUCCUGUAAAACAGGCCUCAAAGAUCGUAUGUGUUUUGAACGAAGCAGCCGAGGCAUCAGCUCAGAAACUCUGAUGCAGGGAGCAGCAGCCAUGCAGAGCAGCUUGGCACAGAGGUUUCUGGGCAGCACAGGUAAAUCAAGCAAGGGUGACACAAACCAGACCAGAGACUCGUACGACUUCUCUAACUGCAGUGAGCCAUCUGAGAUGGAUGACAACACUGAGGAGGACAACAACCACCUGUUUGACAUUGUGUGUGAGUCAUCAGCUACAGAUGAAGAGAUUGAUUUAGAGCCCAGAAUUAUGCAUCGAAAAAGAGGCACCAAGGGACAGAACUCGGAGGACAGUGGAGAUCCAGGAGCAAAAAAGAUCAAGCAGGAGAGAGCUGAAGAUUAUUACACUGUGGCCAAUGCACAAAACCAAGCUGGUAUUGACAGUGCUCAGCUAUCCCAGUCAAUAAACUCACACAUUAGAUCCUCAGCCAGUUUAUCAGCCUCCAAUAAUCCCCCGUUACUGGAGGAUGGAGAUCUAGCUCGGACAUCAUCAUCACCAGUGGAUACCUCCUCACAUAGUAAAUCAGUGCACACGUCUAUAGGCAGAUCUGAAAACAAAACACACAUGGACUCAAAUCCAGGAGCCAGUCAGCAUAUGGCAGGAUUAGGUCAAGCUGGAAAAAGUGACUUGGUGGAAGUUCUUCCUAACGGGGACUUUGGUAUGAACUUUGAGGAUCCAUCAGGUGCAGUGCACCCUGAAAUAGACAUUUUAGCAGAACAACAAAACAGUGCGGAACCUGGAAGUGACGGUACAGGCUACUUGGAGGAACAGUUCUGGCCUUCCACAUCGGAGCUUUGUACAAACUCUGAGAGUCAUUCCGAAGAGAGAAAACAGCUGGAAGAAUUUAUCACAAGCGUAGACCCUGGAACGUUACGCAGCCUACAGGGGGUAAUAUCCAGGCUUCUUGUGUUUAAUGAGCAGUCACGUGCAGUCGUUCGCAGUCCUCCCAGACCAGGAGAGCAAGAGCUCUUUCCCGGCUCUGGACUUUUUCUUCCUCCAUACAAACUGGCCUGCAUUCACCAGGAAUCCAGACAGGACAGUAUGAGACUAUUUCACCUCCUGUUUGAACACUUUUUUACUGAGGAAGAUCUUGUUGGGGCUGUGGCUUUUGGAAAGAGAGGAAAAGUCCCCGAUGGAAAAAAGAUCCUUGACAGAAGAAAGGUUGAUGGAAUUAUAUCUUAUGUGCUGCGUUGUUCCAGUUUGGAUGGAUGGACGCCGGUGGAAUCUGCCAAGCUGAAGAAAGCUUGUAUCAACAAGUGCAGGUUAAGAAUCGGACAGAGAAAAAAGUUAGCAAAAGGACCUUUUCAUUUUCACAAUUUGCAAAAGCCAGGGGGUUCAUAUAUGUGAAAUGAUUAAGAAAUAUGCUUUAUUGUUAAAUUUCAUUAUUAUUUGUUGUAUUAUGUAAAUGAUAAAAGUACAGAAAUCAGACUAAUUCAGUCAAUGCUUUAACCAGGUCUGCAUUUGCUUGUUACCAUGAAUGUCGUGCUUUUUGUGAACUAAAUUAGGUGCGUCAAAUGGUUUUUACAUUUGUUUUUCACAGAACUACGUUUCAAAGAGAGUUAAAAAUACACACAGUUUUGUCUAAGUAGUUGUUGUGGUUCUAGAUGCAGCAAGAUUGUGUGUUUCUGUUGUGCAUCCUCAUUUUUAUGUUGUGAAACUGGUCAUCCAUUCAUUCAGUGUCUUCCACAUUCAGUCCAUUAGUGUUUUUGUGCAUGUUUAUGAAGACCUUUAUACUUUGAUGAUUAGGUAUAUUAGUGAUUGGUAAAUGGGCCACUCUCUCGGUUCUCUCGCAUUUUCGUCCCCAGGACAUUAUGUGUAUAAACGAAUAAGAUAUUAUAAUGCAUUUUUUUAAAUUUAUCAAAUUUUCCUGCACAUUGAUCUAAUUGCAAAUGUAGGAUCUAUGAUUUAAAACAGUAAUAAAAAAACUAUAACACUGGAA